UACACGUGGUUAUCAUGAGCCACGUGACUUUUGGUUCCAAACUAUGUGGACGGAGUUGCUGUGUUCUUCCAGUAGGGUAGUGACUGGCUGCUGCUGUGGGAUUAAGCAUUACAACUCGUACUGACAAACAUACUUCUGGAUUAUUUGUGAUUUUUAAACCGAGAUGAUCCCAACAGAUCUAACUAGAUAACAAUCAAUAGGAACUGAUGGAUGCGAUCUGAUCUAAACAAUUCAAAACGACUUAGUUGGUUACACGGGGGAGAAAAAGUCAACGUUAAAAGUGUGACAAAUAAGAAGCCUGCUCAGGUCUCCAUCACCAAGGUCAAACAGUUUGAAGGCUCAUCAGCGUUUGUACGAAGAUCACAGUGGACGCUUGAUCAGCUACGGCAAGUGAAUGGAAUUAACCCAAAUCAAGACUGUGCAGAGUUCGAUUUAGUAUUUGACAACGCUUUUGACCCGUGGGUAGCAGGCUCAGCCACAGAGAAAUGCACGUUCUUUCAGAUCCUCCACCACACUUGUCAGCGGUUCCUUGCAGACAGGAAGCCAGAGUUUAUUAACUGCCAGUCCAAGUUACUUGGAGGUAACAGCAUCUUGCAUUCAGCUGCAGAUAGCGUCACCAGUGCAGUACAGAAGGCUAGUCAGGCCUUGAAUGAGCGUGGGGAACGAUUAGGCCGCGCAGAAGAGAAAACGGGUGAAAUGAUGAACAGUGCCCAGCAGUUUGCUGACACUGCACACAAGCUUGCCAUGAAGCACAAAUGAUGAGACAGUGCCAAAUAUUUGGGGGCCCGCCCAGGGUGAAACAAACAAGCCUUUUUGUGUGUGUGUUUUGUAUCAUCUUUUUAUUAUUAUUAUUUUGCUUGAAGGACAUCCAGUGUUUCUUAAAUAUGAAGAUUUUGAACAGGAUAAAAAAAAUACAACUGCACAGAGCACAGCUAUGUGGUGUUAACCCUUUCCCUCCUAUUGGUGGGUUUUGAUCACACCAGAGAAGUCAAUGUUACAGCAGCUUUCAACAGCCAGCCAACCAUUUCUCAAUUACAACCAACAUAAAAAAAACAAAGCAAUCCUCUUCUGAUGGAUUUUUGCUGUUUGUUGCUGCUCACUGUUGUUUCAUUUGUGUUAUAUGUAUUAAAAGGAAUAAUUUAUCAAAUCCCUAUGUUCUGUGGCUAAGGUGGUUCAUUGUACAACUUUAGUAAACCAGACAGGUAGUGGCAUUUUUGGCAUUUGUUCUUACUGUACAUGGAAUUUUAAUUCUAUCUGCAUUUUCGUCUACCCUCUGCAAGGAGUGUAUGGGGAACUGUAUGACAAUACAGUCUGAUAUUGGCAAGCCAUGUAUUUUAUAGGUGUUUUGUUUAAAUUAUAUUAUUCACGCUUGUACAAAGGGGUAUUUUUAAAGCAUUUUUUUUCCCUAAUAGACAUAGCAAUAACAAGAUUUGACACUAUUAAAAUUUUGGGGUUUGGUGGUUUGUGUAUGUGUUUUUCUUUUUUUUUUUUCAGUGUAAUGUUUUAUUGCCCAUUUGUAGUUGGUCGUUGCUAUGAUAUAACUAUGAUGACUAUUUUUUUUUACAAGUCUAUUGAUGAUAUAUCUUUACAAAAAGGUUUAAUGAGUAAAGUGUAUAGGCAUGUUCUUCGUGAAUAGAUGUGUUGCCAAUAAAAAGGAAUGUUCUUUUCUCAGUUACCUUCUGUUAAAUAAAAAUACUACUGUCUUCAUAGUUCUAUUCUUUGGCUUGAAUUUCCAUGGUCAGUUUUCAAGGUGCCUGUUUUAACACGUGGGUCCUGCACUAGUGUAGACUAGUAUUGCAAAAAGCCAUUGUCGGAGAUGCUCCUUUUCCAUAAUAAUUAUCACGUACACCAUGACAACAUUCAUGAGGUAUAGGGGCGCUGUAACCGUCUUUAUUACGGAAUUGGUAGGCAUAUUAUUUGCCUUAAGUAGGGCUAUCCCUGACAUUGCUUUAAAAAAGGUCGUCCAAUAUCCCGUGUCCUGCAUCUGGCAUUUCAGCCUGGCCAGAUGCAUUACUCUGCUUUACCUAGUAACAUUAUAGCCAUCCUAUAUAUGUGUCUUAACAGUCUUUAUAGGGCUGCUUUUUCCUUUGAGUCUGUUUUGUGGUAGUUGUCUUUCUGCCUAACUGCAUGGGGUAGCCCAAAACCUUGUAUAAUGAUUGGUGCCUUUUGCUCAUUAAAAAAAAAAAAAAAAAACUACCAAAAAGUAUAUUUAUAGUCCACUGCAUUGGAAUUUCAAAGGAAAGGGUGAACAACAAAAAUGUGGAUAUGGUACAUAAAUAAAACCUAUGUGGAAGUAGGCCAUGUUUUCCCCUACCACAAAGAGAAAUAUCUUGUUCAACAUACAUUUAUUAACAAUGUUUUAUAGAUAGCACAUGUUAAUAACUGAAGUGUAAAUUCCAAUCCCAUUUGGUAUACUGUACCUUGUAAACACCAAAUGUAUUGCAAUCAGUAGCUAAGGUUUUGAUUUAGAUGCAUAAUGUAUAGAAAUGUAUUUAGUAUAAAAAUAAAUAAAUACAUUGUUCUUGGUAUGUAUUCUAAAUAGGCAAUAAGACAUUGACAGCACACAGCUACACACAUUUAGUACCACAUUUGAAUUUAACAUUUGAAUUUUCAUCUGCCAUUCCCACUCUCAUUAUCUAGCUGAACCUGUGCUUUGUGCAAAAGACCAAAUCUGUUGUUAUUAAAUCUGUCACUAAUCUGUUGUUUUUUAAUUCGGUGUCAAUUUUUCUGUAAAGGGUAUUACAUGUUCAUGUAUUAUCAACAUCAAUGACAUUAAUAUCAUAAUCAAUAUUCAGUGAUGUGUUAAUGUAACUGAAAACAGAUUUUUUAUUGUUUUAAUAUAAUAGUUGCUAUUACCUACAAAUGUAAUGAAAGUGUAUACAUUGUAUGUUAUUGUAUAUGUAGUAACAAUAUAAUAGCUACAUGUAAAGAAAGUAUAACUAGGCCAUUAAGUUCCUGUUUUAUUAAACAGGAUUGAGCUGGACACAAUGGGGAAAUGUAUGUUCUUGUGAAAACUGUCUGGUUACACAAUCAUACCGAGAGGGGGAUAUCUGUCAUGCUAAACUUGUGACAUUGCUGGUGUGUGUGUUAUUCACUCCUGAGGGGAUGUGUGCUGUUCUGUGAGACCAGCAGGACCAAGUCCCUUAAAUUAUUGUUACAAAUCUCAGUUUGUCAUUAAAAACAUUAUAAUUGUG